GAGCGCGCGCGCACAGACAAGAGGCAGCGGCAGCGCUGCCGCAAAGCCCCAUCCUCCGGGGCUUUUUAAAGACCGUGUUUGCUUCACGCUCCAACAAUAUCACCCAGCUGAAGAGCUGUAACGCUUAAACGCACCGGACCGGCCGUCGUGGGAGCGAGCAUAAGCCACUAAAGAGGCCAAAAGCGUCGCCGAAACUGUAAUUUAGUUAAUCCGUGAAUAUAUUCAGGGCUGCGGGUCAGAGAGUUUAACCCCUAAGCUGCCGGACUGGGGUUAGAAGGACACGAAGGCGUCUUGGUUGAAAUGUGAGCAGACCCGCUGCUCCGACAGUCUUUUUUUCUCCAGUUAGAUUUAAUGAGGUGGGGACUGCAGCCGACUCGUUCGGUACAGCCGCGUUGAUGCCGCAGCGGCUGGCUGGCGUGUUCCAAAUCCACCUCCGGAUCCGGGAAGACAAUAGGUGAAGUACGCGCCGCUCUGGACUCCCAAGACUUCUGUUCCGAACGAGCGUCCGCUUUGGGCUCCACUAGCAUCCCUGUGAGGAAUCGGGUUAAAGGGGGAAGCGGGAGACAACUUCAUCAGAAUGGCGGCCGUGGUGAACUAUUCUCCACCCUGGUGGGUGAAUCUGCUCCACCGGUUACCUCACUUUAACAUCGAGUUUCAGACAGUGAGCAGCGAUUUCAGACCAGAGGACUCGGAGUAUCAGAAGUCUGUUUUGCUCAUCGGCUCUGUGGCUUUGCUGUGUUUGGGCCUGGACCUCCUCUUCCUCCUCAUAUACUCCUUCUGGCUUUGCUGCAGAAGAUGUAAGCGUGACGAAUCAUCACAUUCCCGUACUCACUCUCAGCAGCCCAGCGCCGACUGCUGUUGCACCGCGUGGUGCGUCAUCAUCGCCACGCUUGUUUGCAGCGCUGGCAUUGCUGUAGGCUUUUAUGGAAACGGGGAGUCAAGUGAUGGAGCCAGUCGGCUGGCGUACUCCCUCCGUCAUGCCAACCGCACUAUAUCUGGGGUGGAGAAGCUGGUGUCAGACAACGCCCUUGCCUUAAACCAGACUGUGGAGGAGAACUUGGUCCAGUUAACAACGACCUUCCAGGAUCAGACAGACUUUGUGGCCAUCGUCCAAAAGCUGCAGGGACAGCUAGACGAGCUGGUGAGGCUGAUGUUGGAUGUUCCUUUCUGGUCCAACUCUGACAUCUCUCUGGAGGACUUGGCUCAAAAAACAGAGACUUUUGACUUCUACAGGUGGUUGGGGUACCUUGGCCUGCUACUGUUUGAUGUUCUCAUCUGUCUUCUGGUGCUCUUUGGUCUCAUACGCAACUCUCGAGGCACCCUGAUUGGCGUGUGUCUGCUCGGGGUUUUGACUCUGAUAAUCAGUUGGGGUUCUCUGGGCCUGGAACUGGCUGUUGCUGCUUCAGCCAGCGACUUCUGUGUGUCCCCGGAUACCUACAUCAUCAGUGUAACCAAAGAAAACGCUGUUAUUGACCAAGAUAUCCUGCAGUAUUACCUGAGAUGCAGCUCUGGAAAAGUUAACCCCUUCCAGCAGAGGCUGUCGGGGAGUCACAAGGCAUUGGUGGAGAUGCAGGAUGAUGUGGCAGAGCUACUGAGAUCAGCAACACGUGAUUAUACCAGUGCCAAGGAGAACCUCGAGCAAAUCCAGUCUGUGCUGAAUUCCACCGAAGUCGGUCUUCACCAGCUGACUGCUCUGGUUGACUGUCGCAGCCUACACAUGGACUAUGUCCAGUCUUUGACUGGGCUGUGCUACGAUGGGGUGGAGGGUCUCAUCUACUUGGUUCUUUUCUCCUUCGUCACCGCUCUGAUGUUCUCCUCUAUUGUGUGCAGUGUGCCACAUACUUGGCCUCGGAAGAGGACGGAUGAGGAAGAUGGAGAAGAUGAGUCGGGUACCUCACGUGGCGGUGUGCACGAUAACCUGUACCGCGUUCACAUGCCCAGUCUCUACAGCUGUGGCUCCAGCUAUGGUAGCGAAGCUAGCCUGCCCGCUACAGCCCAUACUGUCAGCAAUGCCCCCGUCACUGAAUACAUGAGCCAGAAUGCAAACUUUCAGAACCCUCGGUGUGAGAACACCCCCCUGAUUGGCAGGGAGUCCCCUCCACCCUCUUACACCUCCAGUAUGAGAGCAAAAUACCUGGCCACCAAUCGACCGGACCAGAACCGAACCGCUCCGUUCCAAAUGACCAACUGGAUCCUGCCAGCCGGCCUCACCCUGCCGCCCGACCACAGUCCUCGGUCCACUAGGUUGAGAUCCAUACUGCCCCAGUCCUGUUCUCACAGCCAAUAUGAAGACCCAACAAAACACUCCAUGCCGGAGCUCAGAUAAGUGCAUUUAAGAGCCAACAGGACCCCACUUUGCAAAGUCCAAUGAAUCUGACAAACACCACAAGCGACUGCACUUUGAACGUCAACUUCUACUUCUCACUGUUAUCUUAAAAAAGGAAAACCACCCUAGGUCCCUAUUUCUACUCUGCUUCUUUAUGGAUCCACACUCACCUGCUUGUUCCAAGACCACUGUGAUGGUUCUGCUCAUGUAACCACAACGCAUAGCAACAAACACACCUCCACAUGGUUCCCUCCACUGGGAUCUGUAGGCUUUCAUCCAGGCCCCUUUCCCCACCCAGAUACCACUUUCACAUUCCAGUAUCAUUUUUACAUUCAGACCACACACUUGCAAGUGCAUACACAACCUAAACAUACACAACCACUUGUACAGAGCUGUAAAUAGUCAACAUGUGCUUUAUUCUGAUUUAGUAGAAAACCGACUGUUGAAUCCUUACUGGUUGUGUGGUGUUGCUGUGUGUUUAUCAUGGAAAAUCUUUGCCGUUUCUCUUGUACAAACACAUAGGCACAAACUGGUGGAUAAACUAACUGAGAACUCAUGCUUACAAAUGAUAUGCCAGUGAAUCAGAAAGCCAUGUUUAGAUAGUAACUGAACUGUGCCACCACAUUCACAUUCCCACUUUAACACAGUCAUCUUGAAUUGUGAGCUAAAAACGUGUAUCCAUUUUUUGGGACUUGUUUACAUGCACAUAUAAUACAUGCAUUGAUAAAUGCCUUUUUGAAUAUGAGCCAGGAAUCGAGUUGUAAAACAACUGCUUGUAUCUGGAAAUGGAGGUGUGACACCACAAAUGUGAGAAGGCUCCACCUGUGCCAAAAAACUGGAAAAUGAAAAGAAGGAUGCCUGAUUCUGUCUUCAUCUCCUUCAGCCUGCAGCUGACUUUUAAAUAAGGGGAAUAAAUCUCACAUGGAGGGUUUCUCCUGCACUGUCAAUGAUAAGGAACUGAAAGACAUUUGAAAAGGGGAACAACGGACACAUAACUGGGACUUAACGUGUGUAAGGUGCUAUGUAAAGCUCUCAAGGUUUUAAAAAGGUCAGGACUGAAAGGGACAGAAACUGUUUUGUUACGUUUUCAAUUGUUUUUGAAUUCCAGGAAUGUGAUGAGGAACAUAGAGAGAAACAAUAUAGAACACUCUUGUUCACACUUGAAAGGAGAUGGUGUCCUGAAACCUGGAAAAGUUACAUAAGUCACAUGAACAUUGAGUGGUGUGUUGUUUUAACUUAAGUUUAUAUUUAGGACAUGAUACUGUGACAAAAUGUUGGAUUUAUCUUCUUGUUCCAUAUUGUCGUGUCUUUUUAAGCUUUUAUUUUGCCUACCGUAGGUCGCACCCUUUAUAUCUCUCUGUCUUCUCUUUUUCCUACUCAAGCAUAACUUCUGUUCAAGGUGACUGUGAGAAGGAGAAUUAAAACUCACUGCCUGGACACUGCCAGUGGCUUUCCCUCCUGCUCUAGAAACCGUGUACAGUGUAUAAAACCAGUAGUAGUGAACCAGUGUGUGUGUGUGUGUGUGUGAUCUUUCUGCAGCGUGAUCUAUCUCAGUGUUACUCUGUAUGAGGACAGUUGAUCGGUGUGUUUGACUGGCUGCCUGUAUAGCCUGAGUCAUGUCUACAUCGCCGCUGCACACACAGUAACGCACACACGAAUGCACUCAUUCAUAGAAGAAUCAUGUAAAAUCUCUUUGUGUGAUUCUGUCCUGUUCACUUCAUGCUCUUUUCACAUUUUAGGUGAAGUAGACUCUUCUAUCAGAAUUUCACAGCAAUCUCAUAGUUAAAGCCAAGCCUUCAGCCAUCCUUACACAGCAGUUUAAUAUUACACGAAUAAUUGAUGACCACUUCUCGUAUUAGCGAGACAAUCUUAACGUGUGAUUUUAUUAUGGUAACCAUGCUACCUAUGGUCUAGUACUUGACAGUGUUUUCUUGCACCAUUGAAGCAAACAUUGUUACAAUCUGUGGGACAAGUCACUGAUAAGUGGCCUUUCAAAAUGUUUUUAAACUCUUAGAAAACUUCAUACCCCAACAUGUUUUUUUAUGUUUCUCACUUGUAAAAAAAAUAAUGCAGAUUAUAACACAAUAGCUAGGUGUUUUGUAGGAGAAUACAGGCAAGAACAGCAUUUUUGUCUCAUAUUAAUGGUGAAUGACUCUGUCUUGCAAUGUUUUAAGAUGACUAUUCCAGUGUACACACGACUUUGGGUUGUGUUGAAGUUCUGUGAAUCACUAUUUUGAUUGGGGGAGAAAAUGAGCCAUGCUCAGAUUCAAAGCUGUGGUAUAAGUGUGUGUGUGUGUGUGUGUGUGUUGUGCGCGCGUGUGUGUGCCACUUACAGAACUUCAGAUACACCUUGUGUCCAAAUGUGACAAACAAUGUUUUCUAUUGCUGUUUUUAUUUUCUGAUGGUUUUAACUGAUAUUAACUAUAUACUUGUCAAAACUGUGGUAAUGAUAUUCAGCCUGGAAUAAAUGUUAAAACAAAGAAAUUAAAACAAUUUUAACAUACUGA